AUGCUGCGUCUAGCGACUCGGCAAGCCACCGCGAUGCUCCGUUCGAGCUAUUCAACGGCUUCUGGAGCCGCCGGAGGUCUCAGCGAUGAGACACGUCAAAGAAUCGAUGGAAUCGUCAAGAAGGAUGAUGUCGUCGUUUUUAUGAAGGGUACACAACAAGAACCAGCGUGCGGAUUCUCGAGAAAUGUCAAAUUGGUUCUGGACUUCCACAACGUGAAAUUCCGUGACUACAACGUGCUGACGGACGCAGAAUUGCGAGAAGGCGUCAAAAUCUACAGUGAAUGGCCGACGAUCCCGCAGGUCUACGUGAAAGGAGAGUUCGUUGGCGGAUGUGAUAUUCUCGUUGCGAUGCAUAAGGAUGGCGAGAUUUCCGACUUUUUGGAUGAGAAGGGCAUCCCGAAUAAGUAUGGAUCCAAGUAG